GCGCGCGCCACGAUCACCGGUAAAGGACGAUGCGGCUGUGUGCGCGCACACCCUCCCCGGACUCGGUGUCUCUGCAGAGCGGACAGCUCCCCGCUCAGUCCUCCUCCGCCGCUGACAACCUAGUAAAAACGCCACGUUUCCGCGCGGCUGUCGAUGCCACAGCCGCGGGGCGAGGAGGCCUGUAAGCUCCACCGCAGUCCGAGCUCCAAUCUGAGACGCAGCGCUGCGGUUUGUCCGCUUUGGCCAUGGCGCAGCGGAGGAGGCUCAGAUGAAGGACGCCCUGCGCAUCGGCUAAAAAGCUGGAGGAACUUUCCUACUGCUGAAUUCCUCUGAACACAGAUGUGACACUCUUUCUUUAGAACAGGAAAAUCCUCGACUAGCUACAGAGGGAAGCAGACUAAACCGACCAGGCCCCACUGGAGGUCCCUAAACCUCCCUUUGGGCACCACCGGACAGAGGGGGCGGUGUAAACAUUGGCAGGAGGAGCAGCAGAAGCCAUGGCAGACGCGGCGGAGUGCGGGGUGAGAGUGAUGUGCCGCUUCAGGCCCCUGAACGAGGCCGAAAUUACCCGAGGAGACAAAUACAUCCCCAAGUUCAAAGAGGACGACACCGUGGUCAUAACGGGCAAACCGUACGUGUUCGACCGCGUGCUGCCUACCAACACGACGCAGGAGCAAGUGUACGACCAGUGUGCCAAGCAGAUAGUGAAAGAUGUGCUGGGCGGCUAUAAUGGGACCAUCUUCGCCUACGGGCAGACGUCCUCCGGGAAGACCCACACCAUGGAGGGCAAACUGCAUGACCCGCAGCUGAUGGGAAUCAUCCCUCGCAUCGCCCGCGACAUCUUCGACCACAUCUACUCGAUGGACGAGAACCUGGAGUUCCACAUCAAGGUCUCUUAUUUUGAAAUCUACUUGGACAAGAUCCGAGACCUGCUGGACGGUAAGAGAGGCUGUUUAUCUGAAGUGAGCAAGACGGGAGCUGAGGGGGCGGUGCUGGACGAGGCAAAGAACAUCAACAAAUCUCUCUCAGCGCUGGGAAACGUCAUCUCAGCUCUGGCUGAGGGCACCAAAACCCACGUGCCGUACAGAGACAGUAAGAUGACUCGGAUCCUGCAGGACUCUCUGGGAGGGAACUGUCGCACCACCAUCAUCAUCUGCUGCUCACCGUCCAUCUACAACGAGGCCGAGACCAAGUCCACGCUCAUGUUUGGACAGAGAGCGAAGACCAUCAAGAACACAGUGUCUGUGAACCUGGAGCUGACGGCCGAGGAGUGGAAGAAGAAAUACGAGAAGGAGAAGGAGAAGAACAAGAACCUGAAGAGCAUCAUCCAGAGGCUGGAGGCCGAACUCAACCGCUGGAGAAACGGCGAGAACGUUCCUGAGGAGGAGCAGCAGAGCUCUAAAGAUCAGAGGAGCGGCGAGCCGUACGACAACACUCCCAUCAUCGACAACCUGCUGCCAGCCGGAGGAGUUGUCUCCGUCUCCGGUGACGAGAGGAGGAAGUACGAGGAGGACGUAAGGAACCUGUACAAACAGCUGGAUGACAAGGAUGACGAAAUUAACCAACACAGUCAGCUGGCGGAGAAACUCAAGGAGCAGAUGAUGGAUCAAGAAGAGCUGCUGGCGUCAACACGACGCGACUAUGACAAGAUCCAGGAGGAGCUGUGCCGGCUGCAGACGGAGAACGAGCUAGCCAAGGAGGAGGUGAAGGAGGUGCUUCAGGCCCUGGAGGAGCUGGCAGUUAACUACGACCAGAAGAGCCAAGAGGUGGAGGAGCGAAACCAAGCCAACGCGCAGCUGACCGAGAAGCUGCAGCACAAGACGGCGCUGCUGUCGGUGCUUGAGAGGGAGGUGAGUCAGCUGCAGGAGCUAAACGGCCUGCAGAGAAAGCGUGCUGCCGAGGUCCUCAACCUUCUGCUGAGAGACCUCAGUGACAUCGGCGCCAUCAUCGGCACCAGCGAAGUCAAGACGGCUGCAUGCUCAGAGAUGAAGGGGAACGGCUCGGCGCUGGAGGAGGAGUUUACCGUUGCUCGCCUCUACAUCAGCAAGAUGAAGUCCGAGGUCAAGUCUUUGGUCAACCGCAGCAAGCAGCUGGAGAGCGCCCAGGCCGACGCCCACCGCAAGAUCCAGGCGAACGAGAAGGAGCUGGCGUCCUGUCAGCUGCUCAUCUCCCAGCAUCAGGCCAAGAUAAAGUCUCUGACCGACUACAUGCAGAACAUGGAGCAGAAGAAAAGGCAGCUGGAGGAGAGUCAGGACGCUCUCACCGAAGAGCUCGCCAAACUGCACGCUCAAGAGAAAAUGCACGAGGAAAAGGAGAAGGAGGACAUCGGCAGAGCGGGCGGAGACGAUGACAUCAAGAAAACGCUGGAGGAGCAGCUGGAGAACCACAGGGAGGCUCAUCAGAAGCAGCUCAGCCGCCUGCGAGAUGAGAUCGAAGACAAACAGAGGAUGCUGGACGAGCUCAGAGAUCUAAAUCAGGGGCUGUUACUGGAGCAGGAGCGACUCAUGUCGGAUUACUACAAACUGCAGGCGGAGGAGCAGGAGAAGAAUGCAAAGCUGGAGAGGCUCGUGCUGCUGAAUGAACAAAGGGAGCAGGCCCGAGAGGACCUGAAGGGUCUGGAGGAGACUGUGGCCAAAGAGCUGCAAACUCUGCACAACCUGCGCAAACUCUUCGUCCAGGACCUCACUGCACGGGUUAAGAAGAGUGCAGAGCUUGACUGUGAGGAGGGACUCAGCAACAUUGCACAGAAACAGAAAAUCUCAUUCUUGGAGAACAAUUUGGAGCAGCUGACUAAGGUCCACAAACAGCUGGUCCGGGACAACGCAGACCUUCGCUGCGAACUGCCCAAGCUGGAGAAGCGUCUGCGAGCCACGGCCGAGCGAGUCAAAGCGCUGGAGAACGCCUUGAAGGAGGCCAAGGAGAACGCCAUGAGGGACCGUAAGCGCUACCAGCAGGAGGUGGACCGCAUCAAAGAGGCUGUGCGGGCCAAGAACAUGGCCAGGAGGGGAUACUCUGCACAGAUCGCAAAGCCUAUCCGGCCCGGACAUCAUCCACUGUCCUCCCCGAUCUGCAGCUCCAUCAGAGCCGGAGGUGUUGAUAUUCAUAACAACUGAACCCACAACAGCAACAUAAUCCUACGACCAUAAACAACUCAAUGCAUGCUCACCACCCCACCUGGAUCCACAAGCAACGCCCCUCCUCUUGGAGCACCAAUGGGAGGCCUUCACGACAGACUGUCACCGCUCGGAGAAGCACCAUCCAAACCUUGUGUAAAUACUGAUGAGACAUAUUUAAUUUGCUAAAUGUAGAUCUCAGAGGCCUCGUUUAUAACACAUUCGCUGUUAUAAGUUUAGUUUUCUGGAUCUUCUGAUGCUAGAUUGUCGUUAUUAUGCAACAGAUUAAAAGCUCGAUGUUUAUAAGUGAGGCCCUGAAUCCGCUUCUGUAUUAGAAAUGAAGCUUAAGUUUUAGGUUUGUGCAGCUUUACAGGAGAAGGCAAAUGUGUCAGUUUUUAGAUAAGUAUUGUUUAACGUUUUAGGAAACAACUUGCUUUUUUUCCCUUUUUUCUCAGUCGUCAUGAUGAAGUGACACCACUCGAGUGUAUUUGAUCAAUAUGAAGCUACAGCCAACAGACGGUUAGCUUAGGUUAGCAUAAAGACCAGGGAAUGGCAAUCACAGAGGUCUUUGGUCCUGUACCCUAUAUACCUCUUUGCAAACAGCCACUUGUCAUUAGGUUGGUGGAAAUACACAUUUUUCCCUAGUGAUCCAGUGGUUGCCGGGUGGUUGCUGACUGGUCUCUAGGCCUAUGUGGCUGACGCUACAGCAGCAUCCCUCCAAAAUGGCAGUCACACCGAAGACAACAGUUUACUAUGGAUAAAUGCCUCAUCCCACUCCGUAGCCUAAAUGGCGACCAUUAGGUUGAUAAUUGCUCCGUGCGCUUUAUGGACAGUGUAAUCACUAAGUGCAUUAACUACAACUCUUUGCAAACUCUAGGAAGAAAAUUUAAAACGCAUAAUCAGCAAAUUACACCCCAGCUCAUUUACGUCAAUGCCUGAAGAUGAUUUCUGCUGUUAGCUGGGUAGCACUAGCACGCAUGCUACCUGCAUAUUUUGGAAAACAUCUACAACUUAUUUACAGAUCCUGAAUUGAAAAUCUCAUCCAUAUUUUUUAGAAGUAUUUUAACUAUGGACCAGAAAAUUGUACCCACCAAAAACAGAGUCACUACAAGCUACUAAACUGUAAAAUGAUGGUAUGUGACAUAAAACAUUAAUGUAUUAUUUAUAAUAUAACGGAGAAGAACUACUCUUCCCGCAAUCCUUAACUGAAACAGCGGCAUCUCUGAUUGGUGGAAGUUAAUAAUAAUAAUAAUAAUAAUAAUAAUAAUAAUGGAUUGCAUUUAUGUAGCGCUUUUCGGGGCCCUCAAAGCGCUUUACAAGUUGCUGUUGAAUGACAUUGACCUUGGAACUUGGAACUUGACUACACACGCACAAUACAAACUACAAACACUAAAUUCUAGAAGGCUGGAAGUCGGUUGCUAUGGAAUCUGGGAUUUGAUUGUAUUGUUGGAUGAGUAGUUCUUUCACUGUUAAAAGUUAUUAUGUACACAGCAGUGGAUUAUCUACUAAUUGGAAGGUCAGUGGUUUAACUCCCGGCUUGUCUUGUGUUCAUGUUAAAGUGUCUUUGGGCAAGAAACAGAACACUGAGUGGCCCCCAGUGCAUCCAUGAGGGAGACCGCUAGGUUCAAAGCACUUAGACACAGUGAAUGGGUGAAUGAGUCCCGGACCUUAGCUUUUUUUCCUUUAUUUAUUUAUUUAGCAGAUCAAAUAAAAUCCGUUUAUGGUCACGAUUUAUCUUGUUGCUGGUUGGUUCAAGGCUUAAAACUCUUUUCUGAAACGUCAAUGGAGGAAAGGAGUGGAAUAUUUAUUUCUGGAAACAGAACUUAAAAUAAAAAUGGCUGUUUCACCAUUUUAACCUAAGCUAACUGCCUGCAGGGUGUAGCUUCAUGCUUACUUUUAUGGAUGUGAUUUGUAUCAAAGCAGGGCCUUUAAGUUUCUAACCUCGAUGAUGUUGAAGGUUGUUGCUGGAGCUGGGCAGCAGAAACAUGCUUCCACACAACGGUCUUUGCUUGUGUCUUGUCUUCCAGAUUUUAUAAUUUUUGUGUUUACACUUUUGUUUGAUUACAGGUGACAAUCAAUAAAAAGAAACCCUUUGAUUUGGUUUUAGAAAACAUUCUCUGGGCUUCAAAAAAAUUUUUUUUCUUUUUUUGUCGUUUUGCGAAGAGGGAUCUCAUACAAUUAAAUUGCGCUGCUGUAGCUCUUGAGGAACACUGACCAGCCAAUCAGUUGCUCCUAGGACUAUGAGCCUGGUUUAUAACUCUGGUUUCAAGUGGAUUAAAAUUUUUCCUCCCCACACAAUUUCAGUGUCUGGAUCGUUGUAAUAGUCUGCACUCAAUCUGUAAAGUUUCUGAUUGGCCAGUCAGAGUCUUUAAAAACAGAUUUGAAGGCAGAAUAAAGGGUUUUCCCCUCAGGCCAAAGUAAUUAAAAUCUCAGUGGAUAAGCUGGAUAAGUUUUUCCCUUUAGAAAACUCAAAUCAUCUAAACAGCACUCCAGCUAUAGAAAUUAACACAUUUCUCUACAUUGACUUGUGACUUUGUAACUUUCUUUUUUUAACGUCAAGACUGUAAUUUAAUGAGGCCUCUUGACCCUUUAGUGGUACAUUAGACGUUUGUGCUGCUUUCCUUUAUGGUGCCUGUUUAACAUAUUUUUAUAUACAUUAUUGUCUCAGUGUAAAAGGCCCAAUUACAGUUGUUCUUUGGUUAUAGUCUACCAUUUUAGUUUCUUUUAGGUAUCAAAGAGUAGCAGUCAUCAAGCUCGAGGACGAUACCCUACAAUCUAGCUUGAUGACUGCUACGCUUCUAAUGACGACCCCUGCCCUUUAAUUAGCUUCUUGACCAGUGGCAGUCAUCGAGCUUGAUGACCGCCACCAUUCGACCAGUCAUUGGGCUGGAUGAGUGCUGCCCUUCGACUGGUCAUCACACUUGACUGCUACCCUUUGAACAUAAGGCUGAUGACUCUGGUAGGACUGGGUCUUAGUUGUGCAACGUGACUUUCGGGCUAGUUGCUUUUGUUUCUGUGGAUGUUGCUGUAGAAUGUUACAAUUUCGUAAUGGCUUAGUUGCAGGACAGCAACAAGCACAGACGACGAAUAACUGAAUGUAACUGCAUGGACUAGAGCUUGUUGUGUUAAAGGCAUGCUCAGGGAGGGCAGUUUCUGUACAUUUACCUCAUGUUGUACAUUUUGUUUGUUUUAGCUGUAGCAUCGUGUAUCCAAAUAUAUCUUACAACUGAUGCAAUUAAAUCUAAUAAAGAAAUAUCUAUUUAA